CACACUCGCACAAACACACAAUGUGAAACACUUUGACUGCAGGCGGAGACUAUAUGCGUUCACAGCCGGCACGCAGCAGCGCUUCAGUUCAAGACCAGAGAAGACUUCAUUCACAAUGAAAUAUCAGCUCCUGCUGCUUUGGACUCUUGCAGCAUUUGUCAGCUGUGACCCUGGUGUCAAUGAAAUAACACCAGUUGAUAUGCCAGAUGGAAUUAAACUGUCUUGUGGGUCUGACAAUGUUAUUUCUAAAAAUGGUACAGGCUUAAAAUAUGUUGAAUUACAAUACAAAGAUGAGAACACAGGAGAAUAUAAAUGUGAAGGCACUGACUCAAAAAUCUUCGUGAAAUUUCGAACAUGCGACAACUGCAUAGAGUUGGACACGGCUUCGAUAGCUGGUAUUGUUGUAGGAGACGUGGUGGCUACUGUGGCCGUUGGAGUGGCUGUCUAUCUCAUCGCUUCUAAAGGCCAACCCAGCACGGACAACACCGCCAAGAAAAGGUCGGACCGACAGCCUCUGGUACCUAAUGAAGGGCCUACCAGAACCGGCAACGAUCAUUACCAGCCUCUGAGACCCAGACAAGGCCUGGGGAGAGAUGAAUAUGAUGUACUCAAAAAAUAGAGGAGCCCCCCCCCCCCCCCCCCCCCCCCCCCCCCUCUGGAAAUACUGGAAUCUGACUGGAAGAAACGUCUGUUACCUGCGUCCACAUCUGAUCGUGUGAAGCUCAUUCCUGAUGUUAUUUGCUCUGUAUAAUAUUGUCUGAACUGAAAGAUUUUUAUCAUUUAUUAGAAUGAAAAACAAGAAAACUUUAACUCAGUUUCUGCUCUUGUAGUUUAGGUUGUGCUUUAAUCAUGAUUUUUUUUUUAUUAAACAAACUAAAACCUCAGUCAUGAUUUAAAAUGAAAAAGAUUGGUAAUGAGAAAACUGCAAUGUUUUGUAAUUCGUCUUUAAAGUUAGAUGGAUGCUGGAGAUGGCUUCACAUUUAACUCCAGGAUACUUUAGUUUGCAGAAUAAGAUGAAGUCAGCACCCCUCCUCCACCGUGCUUGACAGUUUUUCUACUCAGCUUUCAACUGGCAACCCUUUGAAAUAAUCCACACUUGUUCAGUCUUUUUCUAAUUUCACUGCCAUGAUCUUUAACAUUUAAUGUGCUAAUUGAGGCAUGUAGAGUCUGAGAUGUAGCUCCUGCUUUUUUAAGUUUCUCCGAACAUCACACAGUCUGACUUUGGACUGAGCUUAUUGAGACGUCCACUCCUCAAAUAAUAGGAAAUCUGUUUUGAAUGUUUUCCAUUUGGGAAUGAUGUAGAAUAUGUGGAAAUGGCUGUAUAAACCUUCUAAGAUUGAUGGGCAGCAACAAAAAAACCUUCUUUAAGAUAAUUGCUGAUGUCUUUCCUCCUGCAGGUUUCCGCUUGCAUAGAGGUGAUCAUACUUACUGAUGCUCAAUUAAUUUAGUGAAUUUGAUUAGAGGCACCUGGUGCUUAUACUUUCUUCAUACUUUCUUCAGUUUUAUUGGAAAUAAUACGUGUUAACUUUUUUUUUUUACCUGUCCUCUCCUGCGUCGUGGCAGCAUAAUGAUGGUCAGGCUGCCAAGAUGGGCCUUUUGAAUAUGGGGCUCCCCUUAAAUCUUAAAUGUUAUUUUUUAUUAUAGAUGUUUUGACUUAAAAAAAAAAAAAAAAUUGACACUUUUAUUGAUAAGCGCCGGA